AUGUUGAAGCAGCUUGCUCUCGGCCUACUGGCCGCUCACUGCGCGGCUGGUGCACGCUUUGCCAUGUACAUUGACCAAUACCAUACGGUUGACCUUCCAGGAUCCAACCAGACAAAGGACAUUGACCAUGCAAUCAUGGCCUUUGCCAAAACGACGCUCUUUACCCAGGGCUCGGCGCCUUCGUUCCAGCCCUUUGAGCCGGUUGACACUAUGCGCAAGCGCUUUGGUCCCGACACUAAGGUGAUGAUUGCCAUUGGCGGCUGGGGGGACACGGAGGGAUUCUCGCAAGGAGCCAAGGAUGACGCGUCGCGAGAGCAGUUCGCGAAGAACGUGGCGUCGAUGCUGGACUCCAAUGGCUUUGACGGCGUUGAUAUCGACUGGGAGUAUCCGGGCGGUAAUGGACAGGACUACAAGCAAAACCCGAACUCGAAGAAGACGGACGAGAUCGAGACCUACCCCAAGUUCCUGGCUGCGGUCAAGAAGGCCAUUGGUAACAAGACGCUGUCCGUCGCCGUGCCAGGCCGCAAGGUCGACAUGAUUGCCUUCACCAAGGAGCAGGGACCCAAGAUCUGGGACUCUGUCGACAUGGUCAACGUUAUGAGCUAUGACCUGAUUAACCGCCGUGACAACGUCACCGGCUUUGCCAGCAGCGUCGAGGGAUCUCUGGAGGUUAUCCAGAGCUACUUGGAUAUUGGACUUGACCCAAAAAAGAUCAACCUGGGCUUCGCUUACUAUGCCAAGUGGUUCACUACCGAUAAAGAUUCGGACUGUGACAAGGAGCCUAUUGGCUGCAAAAUGGUCAAGCUUGAGAACGACGACGGAAGCGACAAUGGCAAAUCUGGCGUGCUUACUUUUGAGAAGAGCUCUAUGUCAGCGCCGCCCAAGGACCUGAAGACCAGCACUGAUGGCAAGUGCGGUUUCUCUUCGUCUAGCAAGUGCCCCGAUGGACAAUGCUGCAGCCAGUAUGGCAACUGUGGUUCCGGUGACGACUUCUGCCAGGCGGGAUGUCUUUCCGACUACGGCACCUGCAAGGGCAUCUCGAUCACCGACUCGUGGCGCCGCGCCCAGAAAGACGGCAAGACGGACGAUAAGGAGGGCGGCCAGUACUACUAUGACGACAAAGUCAACAUAUUCUGGACCUGGGACACUCCCGACCUGAUCGCGCAGAAAUACCAGAAGAUCGUGGAGGCGAAGAAGUUGGGCGGCGUCAUGGCUUGGAGUCUCGGCGAGGAUACCCUCAAGUUCGCGCAUCUGGAUGCCAUGCAGCAGGGUAUCCAGCAGGUUACUGCCUCGUGA